AUGGAGGCGAAGAGGCCGAUGGCAGCGUUUCACUUUGCACCCAUCAACGAGGCGCACACAGAGCUUGUCCGAGUCAAGGAGCUCAAGAAAGAGGAGCAGUGUCGAUUCCUCUCAAAGAGGGCCUUCCAGAGCCAGCAGGCGGCCAGUGCCGACUCAAGGCUGAAAGCUGCAGCGGAGGUGGCCUUAGCCCGUUCCGGCUCAGUUGAGCGGCAGGGCAACCCGUUUCAGAAUCCGAACACACACCGCUAUGCGAAGCCACAGAGGCAGCUGAAGCACCAGGUUCUACAAGGUGACGGGCGAGCCAAGAUGCUGUCUCGAGUCUUCCUCAACGGGGAAUGGACCUACUGUGCCUGA